UGUGUCUAGGAUGGUGCUGCCUGAAGGAGAUCUGGUCCUACCACAUCGACUGGCAAGCAAGAAAGUGCCCCACAGACAGGCUCCAGCCCUCUGAGGGAUGUGAGUCUUCCACUGAGGCACCCUCUUCCCAGCGAUAAACUAUCCUGACCGGAGCAACCUAAGGGGGAACGGGUUUAUUUUAGCUCGCAGUUGAAGGUACAAGUAAGUCUACCACGCUGAGGACGCCAGGGCAGCGUGAAGAACCUGGUCACAUCACGUUUCCCGUGGGGAAGCCGAGAGCCAGGAGUGUAGGCCUCUGUUCGGCUCCCCCCUCCCCGCUUAUGCUGCUCAUCAUACCAACUACGGAUGAUGUCACCCGCAUCGGGCCAGCCUUCAAGCCUCACUGAACUCAGCCUGAGUCCUGGCCAAGCUGUCCAGCCAUCCUGCUCGCCUGCCCGGUUACGGGAGCUUCUCAGGUUACUCGGGGGAUCGCUUUGCCUUCGAAACUCCAGCUGUCCCCUCAGGUUCAUCAGUAACCGAUGCCAAGGCCCUGAGCUACACAGAGCCGACAGAAAGCUGGUGUCCCUAGAUGCUCCACAAAUGCUAGGCCUUGUCCUCUGACCACUGCAGUCCUCAGAGUGGCCGCAGUACCGCCACAGCAGCCAUGCCAGCCAGCAACCAAGGUUGGCCUGAGGACUUCGGCUUCCAGCUGGGAGGCUCUGGCCCCUGCUUCGUGCUGGAGGUGGCUGAAGGAAGCAGCGCGCAUGCUGGAGGGCUGCGGCCGGGGGAUCAGAUCCUGGAGGUGGAGGGGCUGGCUGUGGGUGGCCUGAGCCGCGAGCACCUCGUGCGCUUGGCGCGGCGCUGCCCCCGUGUGCCACCCAGCCUCGGAGUGCUCCCGGGCCCCGAGGGUGGCCCCACAGCCUUGACAGCUGCCUGGCUAACCCCACGAUUUGGGCGCAGCCUCCCGCUGGGCCGUGAACUGCUGCGUUUGGCUGGCAGGACCCGACCAGACGCUGUGCACAGAGAGCGCAGGCGCAAGGCCCAGGAGUUCAGCUGCAAGGUAGAUGACAUCUUGGGGGACCAGCCAACAGCCAAGGAGCAGGUGUUUGCUGCGCUGAAGCAGUUCGCUGCCGAGCAACGUGUGGACGAGCUGGUGUGGACGCUCACUGUGGUACUGCCCAGUGAGGCCCAGGGGCCGGUGCUGGACAACCUCAGGAUCUUCAUCCCCAAGAAGCACCGGGCGCGGUUCGACGAGGUGGUGUCGCAGGGUCUGCUGGGCAAGCUGUGCCGCGCGCGGAGGGCGCAGGGCGCGCAGCGUUUGCGCCGCAGCCGCAGCGAGGAGCGCCCGGAGCGCCUCCUAGUGUCCACGCGCGCCAGCGCCGCGCCGCGCCGCCCGGAUGAGCCACCCCCACGGAAGGCGGCCUCGCUGCUGGGCGGCCGCACCGGCCCGGGGGGCCCUCGCAGGACUGUUCGUGUCUACAAAGGCAACAAGAGUUUCGGCUUCACUCUGCGCGGCCAUGGACCGGUCUGGAUUGAAUCUGUCCUGCCUGGCAGCCCAGCUGAAAACGCCUCCCUCAAGUCAGGUGACCGGAUCCUCUUCCUCAAUGGACUGGACAUGAGGAACUGCUCCCACGACAAGGUGGUGUCCAUGUUGCAGGGCAGUGGUGCAAUGCCCACGCUGGUGGUAGAGGAAGGACCCGUCCCUUUCGCCAGCGAUUCAGAUUCCUUGGAUUCCCCGACCCGCUCGUCGGCUCUCACCUCGCUGCAAUGGGUGGCGGACAUCCUGCCUUCCAGUAUCCGAGUCCAGGGGAGGACCUUCAGCCAGCAGCUGGACCACCUCCUCACUCCUCAGGAGCGCUACGGGGUCUGCCGCGCUCUGGAGCGCUUCUUCCAGCACAGGAACAUCGACACCCUCAUCGUUGACGUCUAUCCUGUUCUGGACACACCUGCCAAGCAGGUGCUCUGGCAGUUCCUGUACCAGCUGUUGACCUACGAGGAGCAGGAGCUCUGUCAGGAGAAGAUCGCGCGCUUCCUGGGCUACACCGCCAUGACAGAACCUGAAUCCUCACUGGACCUGGAGCCAGAGUCCACGCCAGAGCCCACACCGGAGCCACAACCACGGAGUUCCCUUAGGGCUUCUUCCAUGUGCCGUCACAGCCUGCGCUCCCAGGGCCUAGAAGCCAGCCUCAGCUGUGGUCCCGCUGACUGCCCUGAGAUGCCCCUACCUCUGAUGCCAGGGGAGCGUCAGGCUGGUGAUGGCACAUCCCUCCCGGAGACCCCCAACCCCAAAAUGAUGUCGGCCGUCUAUGCGGAACUUGAGUCUCGACUGAACAGCAGCUUCAAAGGAAAGAUGGGGACGGUAUCCAAAUCCCGAGCCUCUCCACCAGUCCCCAGCCUCGUAGGCACAGCAGGGCCCCGGACGCUGUCUGGAGUCUCCUGGCCCAGUGAGCAGCUCCUGCCAUCCCCCUGCUACGAUCCUCUGUGCUCUGGGGGCCUGGCCUCCCCCAGCAGCUCGGAGUCCCACCCCUACGCCAGCCUGGACAGCAGCAGGGCGCCCUCCCCACAGCCAGGCCUGGGAUCCAUCCACCCCGACAGCCCCCCAAGCCCAGACCCCAUCCGGCCGCCCAGUCGCAGGAAGCUCUUCGCCUUUUCCCGGCCUGUGCGGAGCCGGGACACUGAUCGCUUCCUGGACGUGCUGAGCGAGCAGCUGGGCCCGCGGGUCACCAUCGUGGACGACUUCCUGACGCCCGAGAAUGACUAUGAGGAGAUGAGCUUCCACGACGACCAGGGCAGCUUUGUGACCAACGAGAGGAGCAGCGCUAGCGAUUGUGUCAGCAGCAGCGAGGAGGGCAGCUCUCUGACCUACUCCUCCAUCUCCGACCACAUCCCCCCGCCCCCGCUCAGUCCCCCGCCGCCGCCGCCCCUGCCUUUCCACGACCCCAAACCCAGCUCCCGCUCCGCCGAUGGCCCCCGCGGUCCCCCUCCGUCGCUGACCAAACCCCUCACCCAGAUUAACCAGCCAGUCCCGCCCCCGCCCCCACCGCCCCUGCCCCCGCCUGUGCCCUGUGCGCCCCCCAUGCUGUCCCGGGGCAUGGGCCACCGCCGCAGCGAGACCAGCCACAUGAGCGUCAAGCGACUGCGCUGGGAGCAGGUGGAGAACUCAGAAGGCACCAUCUGGGGUCAGCUUGGGGAGGACUCUGACUAUGAUAAGCUGAGCGACAUGGUGAAAUACCUGGAUCUGGAGCUCCACUUCGGCACCCAGAAACCAUCAAAGCCAGUGCCAGGCCCGGAGCCCUUCAGGAAGAAGGAAGUGGUGGAGAUCUUGUCCCACAAGAAGGCCUACAAUACCUCCAUCCUCCUAGCGCACCUGAAGCUGACCCCUGGCGAGCUGCGACAGGUGCUCAUGAGCAUGGAGCCCCGGCGCCUGGAGCCCGCGCAUCUGGCGCAGCUGCUGCUCUUCGCUCCGGACGCCGACGAGGAGCAGCGCUACCAGGCUUUCCGCGAGGCUCCGGGCCGCCUCAGUGAGCCGGACCAGUUCGUCCUGCAGAUGCUGUCGGUUCCCGAAUACAAGACCCGCCUGCGCAGUCUACACUUCCAGGCCACCCUACAGGAAAAGACCGAGGAGAUACGAGGCAGCCUAGAGUGCCUGCGACAGGCGUCCCUGGAGCUCAAAAACAGCCGGAAGCUCGCCAAGAUCCUGGAGUUUGUGUUGGCCAUGGGCAACUAUCUCAACGAUGGACAGCCUAAGACCAACAAGACCACCGGCUUCAAGAUCAACUUCCUGACCGAGCUAAACUCCACCAAGACAGUGGAUGGGAAGUCCACCUUUCUGCACAUCCUUGCCAAAUCACUGAGCCAGCACUUCCCUGAGCUUCUGGGCUUUGCUCAGGAUCUGCCCACUGUGCCCCUGGCCGCCAAAGUGAACCAACGAGCCCUGAGCGGUGACCUGGCCGACCUCCAUGGCACUGUUAGUGAGAUCCAGGUGGCCUGUCAGAGCAUGUCCCCCUCCAGUGAGGACAGGUUUGCUGUGGUCAUGGCUUCCUUUCUGGAAACAGCGCAGCCAGCUCUGCGAGCCUUGGACGGGCUGCAGCGGGAGGCCAUGGAGGAGCUAGGGAAAGCGCUGGCCUUCUUCGGAGAGGACUCCAAGGCCACUACCUCAGAGGCCUUCUUUGGCAUCUUUUCAGAAUUCAUGAGCAAAUUUGAGAGAGCGCUCAGUGACCUGCAGGCAGGGGAUGGCCCGCGCAGCUCUGGGAUGGUUUCACCCCUGGCCUGGUGAUACCUGCCACAGAUCGCCUUCUGCAGUCCGAGCACGGAGACCAGCGCUGGAAGCUGCACCCCAGAGGGAUGUCGCAGGGUCCAGGGUACUUGCUUGAUCUUGCGUCUUGGCUGCAGGAAGGGCUUGGGUGUGGUGGGGGCUGCAGCCAUGUGACUCAGCUACCUCAGCUGCUGAGCUCCACCUGGCCCUCUUCUGCCCAUCCGCCUUGGUCUCCCAGACACCCCCCUGGCUUCCUGUGGCCACUCCCCACCUCAAUGCCCACAAUGGUGAAUAAAAUGCUGCUGUGUGUCAGGGGAUGCUCCACCUGAGGGUGGCUUGCAGAGAGGCUGCUGGCUUGGAGCCAGUGUCUGUGGCACGGUGGGAGCAUGCUUCCAGGGAUGAACAGAGUUACUUCCUCAGUCUGCUAGAGUAGGUUCCAGACUGAAGGUGGACGCUCUGGGCUAGUCCGCUAAGCCAGCACCAGACAGCCUUCAAGAUGGAGGCCGGCCGCCGGAGAAGAAGGGCAGGCAAGAUGAAGACGAAGACGGUGAAACAGAGAGCUGCAGAGGCCGCAGCUGGCUGUGUGGCAGCAUGGGACAGGAGAGAGAACAGAUACUGAGAAGGACUGAAGGCAGAGGAGACACUGUUAAUCAGACCACUGGGUCUAGGUUUUAUUUUCAUUUGUGAGUUUAUUUUAUUUUUUGAGAGACAGGGACCUGUGUAGCUCAGGCUGGCCUCAAACUCACUAUGUCAAGGAUAACCUUGAACUCCUGAUCCUCCUGCUUCUACCUCCCAAUUGUUGGGAUUAUAGGCAUGUGCCACCAUGCUCCAUAUUCUCUCUCUCUCUCUCUCAUAAGGUCUCACUAUAUAACAGAUUGGCCUUUUAAUUCACUAGGUAGCCCAGGCUGGCCUCCAACUUCUGCCCAGGCCUCCCCGGUGCUGGCAUUGUGGCACUAAGGGGAUGAACCAAGGGCCUUGAACAUAAUGGGUAAGCACUCUGCCACUGAGCUACAACCCUAGCCCUCUCCUUACUUUUUGAGACAACUCUCAGUUACUCAAGCUGACCUUUAACUUCCUCUGUAGCCCAGGUAGGCCUUGCACUUUCACAUCUUCUACUUUCAUCUACACAGUAGCUGGAAUGGCAAGCCUGUGCCUCCUGGCUCGGCCAAAACGGAGAGAUUUGGGUGUUUGAAUGUGUGGGGAGGUGUGAUGGGAGGGGUGUGCCCAGAGCAUGUGCCGGUCAGAAGGCAGCUUACCUCAGUUGCCUCUCUCCUUCCCUCCCGCCCCACCCGUGGGGCCUGGAUAUUGAAAACAGGUCCUCAGGCUUGGCAGCAAGCGUCCUUCCCCACUGAGCCAUCUCGGUGGCCCUGAGCAUCAGGUUUUACUCAUCCCAGCUCAGAUCCUAGUUAGUGGUAGUCAGAGUCCGGGUGGAGCCGUUGGGAAUCCUGAAGGUUCGGGCGCAAAGGCCAUGGAAAUGGCGGAAUGGGGCAGUGACGCCAAUUUGGUGGCCAACUGCAGUCUCCCACCUGGAUAGCGGUAACGUUUCAGUGGAUCAGGUUGUGUGAGCGGGGCAGGUUCGGGGCAGAUGACACAAUCCGGGACAUCUGGGAUCCCCAAGGCAGCGUUGUUGUAAGUCCGGGGUACAGAUGGGAGUUGCCUGGAGUCUGCAUGGGGGGGUGAUCAACAGAAUUCCCAUCACUUGUAUUCCGGGCUCUGAGCCCUGGAUCCCCGCAAUAAGAUGCAGCAGGCACACACCCCUGUUUUGUUCCUCUUUGGGUCUUUCUCUCUCCUAAAUACGUACACACAAGUGUGUGCCACAGUGUGGAAGUCAGAGGACAACCUUUGGACUCGGCCGCGAGUGCCUUUACCUGGGGAGCCAGCCACCUUGCUGGCUGUUUUAAUUUUUUUUAGUUAAUCUAUUUUAUAUUGCUGGGAUCCAAACCCCAGGACCUGUGCAUGCCAGGUCAGUGUUCUACCGUCUCACUACGCCUCUAGCCCUGGCAAUUUCUUUUGAGGCAGUGUCUCAUGUAGCCUAGGCUGUCCUUGAACUCUGAAUCCUCUUGCCUCUACCUCCCAGUUGCUGAGAUGAUAGCCAUGUACCUCAAAACCCAGUUUGACUUUCAUUUUAAUUUAUAUCGUUAUCUAGUGGAGACUGGGUGUCUGUAGUCCAGGCUAGCCCCAAACCUGUGGCAGUCCCGCCUCAGCCUCCUUAAUGCUGGGAUUAUAAAGCAUCCAGCUCUUCACGUGACUUUUUCAGGAAAAUUUUGAGUGGGCUUUCAUUCUGUAUCUUGGAUCUUCUUCUUUUUUUUUUUUUUUUUAUCUUGGAUUUUAAAAAAUGGAUUCUAUGUGUACAUCCAUGGGUGGGUUUGACCACAUGAGUUUGGUGUCUUCGGAGGCAGGAGAGGGACUUGGGAACAGAAGUGACAAGUGGGAGUGAGCUCAGUACUCCUAGUGCUGAGUCAUCUCUUUGGCCCCUCAGAUUUUUUUUUUCUCCCCCUAAAAUCAAAUAGCCAAUGCUGGACAGGACUUGGAACCCUUUGUCUCUUCUCUUCUCUUUUCUUAUUUCUUUUUUCUUUCAUAUUUUGUUUUGGAAGUUUUGUUUUGUUUUUGAAACAGGCUUUCACUCUGUAGUCCUGGCUGUGACUGUCCUGGACUCACUUUGUAGACCAAGGUGGCCUCGAACUCACAGAGAGCCGCCUGCCCCUGCCUCCCGAGCGCCGGGAUCACAGGCGUGCGCCCUUGUGCCGUUCUCAGACUGUGGACAAGAUGACCUUGAACUGAUCCUCCUGCCUCCACCUCCUCAGUGCUGGGAUUACAGGCGUGCGCCCUUGUGCCGUUCUCAGACUGUGGACAAGAUGACCUUGAACUGAUCCUCCUGCCUCCACCUCCUCAGUGCUGGGAUUACAGGCGUGCACCCCUACAACAGAUUUAAGCAGCGCUGGGGUGGGACCCAGGGCUUCAUACAUGCUAGGCAAGCACUCUACCGAGCCAUGAGCCAUGUCCCCAGCCCACAUUUGGUGUUUCAGGGUCUUCCCCAGCCCUCGUCUUCGAGUGUGUGCUCUUUCCUUGUUCCUUUUUUAUGCCCGUCCAUCUCAUAAAAACAUCUGAACCAAGAUGUGUGUGUGAAGGAGGAACCUGGCGGUGGGCAUAGACUUUUCCCCAGCAAGGCGGCUUGUACACAGUGCCUGGCACCUCUGCCCCUAGAAAAGGGUGUCACGCAACCCCUGCUGAGGGGCUGCAGAGGGGCUUGGUGGUUCAGAGCACUGGCUGCUCUUCCAGAGGACCGAUGUUCAAUUCCCAGCACCCAGACGGUAGUUCACAACCAACUGUUUGUAACUCCAGGUCCAGGCAAUCUGACUCUCUCUGGCCUCUACAAGCACUGAACACAUAUGGUGCUUGGACAUACAUAUAGGUAAAACACCCAGAUACAUAUGUUGCUUUUUAAACAGUCCUUAACUGGGGGCUGGAGAGAUGGGUCAGCUUAGAGCCAUCUCUUGUUCCUUUUGUAGGAGACUGGGUUUUGCAUCUCACCACAUGGUGGCUCACAAACUCCAGGUUGAUUUUGGGUUUGUUUGUUUGUUUGUUUGUUUGUUUGUUUUAUGGAGGGGCAGUCUUCUGAUACCAUUUUCUGACCUCCACAGGCACCAAGCAUGCACACACAUUCAUUCAGGCAAAGCAUUCAUACAUAUAAUGUGACAUAAAUAAACCUGAAUAAGAAAGUUUUGAUCCCUGUUGUAGGCCAGGAGAGAUGGCUCAGUGGGUAAAGAUGUUUGCCACUAACCUGACUUUUAGAGUUCGAGCCCCAGAAUGUACACGGGGUAGAAAGAAAGAGCAAAUUGUCCUCUGACCUAUUCACAUCUACACAGGCACAUAUGCACACAUAAAUAAAGUAUAAUACAUUUUUAAAAUCUCUAAUAGAUCUGGAAUUAGAAAUCACAGUUUAUGCCAGGUGUGGUGGCACACACCUUUAAUCCCAGCACUCCGGAGGCAGAGGCAGGUGGAUCUAAGAGUUUGAAGCCAGCCUGGUCUACAGAGUGAGUUCCAGAACUACCAGAGCUACCCAGAGAAUCAGUGUUUCAAAAAGAAGGAAGAGGAGGAGAAGAAAAAGAAGUCAUAGUUUGUUCAGGAGGCUAAAGCAGGGCAAUAGAAAAUACAAGCCUUGCUUGAACAACUUACUGAGACUCCUUGAAAUAAAAACUAAACAGGAAGAGGAGGAUAGAGAUGUAGUUAGUGGCAGAAUGCUUACCUAGAAUGCAUGGGCCUCCAAUGUUCAAUCUCCAGAACUGCAAGAAAAAAAAUUAAAUUAGAUCUCUGUGAGACCCACAGAUUAUAGAUUCCACCAGGCAAGAUCCCCUGGCCCAGGUAGAACUCUGUAGCAUUUUCCUGAAGUUAGAAGCAUGUGUCCCUAAAGAUCCAGCCACUAGAUGCAGUUUGACAAGCCAAGCACUGGCUAGGGUUCCUCCUUGACAUGCCUGUGUCUGUUAUCAGCGCCAUUUGCUACAGCGGUGCUGUGUAACAAACUGACCUUACCCUCGUUCUCCCCCUGCAUUUCUGGGGACUGAGCCCACAGUUCUGGAGGUGAUAGGCAGGUGCUCUGCUGCUGAGCCAUGCCCCUCAGGCCCUCACUGAGGGAUUCUAUUUGAAAAAAGUUUUUCUAUUCAUUCAUUUAUUUAUUAGGUAGCAUCGGCUGUGGAGGCAUGUGGAGGUCAGCGGGCAACCUCAGGAAGUCAGUUCUUUUAUUUCACCGUGUGUAUUCUGGGAUGGACCUGUCGCUGGGGUGUUCUAGACAAGCACUGUGCUGCUGGGCCAAGCCCCAGCCUAUUGGUAGAUUCUCGGCAAGAGCUCUACCGAUAACCUUUAACCCCAGUCUUUCUUAAAUCUUAACUUUUGAGACAGAGUCUUGCUGAGUUACCCAGGCUGGCCUUGAAUUCAUCCACUUAGAGUUGGGCCCCAAGUAGUUGGGAUGAAAGACCUUAGCUCAAAAUGGCUGAACAACCAUUUAGUGCUCAAGGUUUGGUGGCCGUGCUGACCUGGGCCAGGCUCGGUGGACACCCUCACACCUCUGCAAUCAGUGUGAGUCAGGUAAGUGGCUUCACCAAUCACACGGUGCUCUUUCCCACACCUGGAGCUCUCACAGAGAAAGCAGGGACGGCCUCAGAUGGUAGCUCAUCCGAAAGCUGGGAUCACUUUUCUAAGUGAGGCAAGAGCCCAAGGAAACAAGCAAAAGCACAGAAAGUCAUGGCUGGGGAUAUGGCUCAAUUGGUAGAGUGCUUGCCUAGCAUGCUUGAAGCCCUGGGUUCAGUUCCUGGCACUGCAUAAAAUGAGGUGCCGUCAGUGGUGCAUGCCUGUAAUCCCAGCACUGAGGAGGUGGAGGUUGGAGGAUCAGAAGGCUACGUGGUCAUCAGAGCUACACGAGGCUCUGUCUCAAUCAAUUAAUCAAUCAGUGCACACAAGUCUCUGGACGUUGGCUCAGAACUAGCACCCCAACUCUUCCAUCAUGUUCACUGUCAGUGAAAAGAGCAAUCCAGAUUGGAGGGGAGGAAACCAAACUGCUUAUCUUAAUGUUUUGAGACAGGUAGCCCAGCAAGCCGGCAGAUGCUGCAAUAGCCACUCUUCGUGGACUGUGAACUCAGGGAUGUUGGGGGAAUCAGGGUAUUUUUGAAACCUACUGCAGGGCCCCUUGGCCAAGUAGAUACCAGCCUCCUUGAGGUCUCCAGUGGCAAGCAGGCGUGGUGAUCACACCUGUGAUCCCGGCCCUCGGGGGUGGAGGCAGGAGUUUUAAGAUUAUUCUUAGCUACCUAAUGAGUUUGGGGCUAGCCUGGGCUACAUAUGAGACCCUAUCUCAAAACAACAGAGCCAGCCAGGUAGCUCAGUGGGUAAAGGUGCUUGCUGCCAAGCCUGAGGAUCUGAGUUUGAUCCCUGGCACUCCCACGGUGGAAGGAAGAGGACUCCCAAAACUUGUCCCCUGACCUCUACACACACACACACACCAGAGCACGUGUACACAUCUGCACGUGAGUACACGCACAUAUAAAUAAAUGAUUAUUAAAAUAUUUAAUACAAUGACAAAACAAAAUAAAAUGUCAUCCAGGCCUCAAUCCUGCCUGGACCCAGAGUCGCUCCAGAAUGUCAUGGGGUGACUUCUGGGUGGCGUGUUGCUCUUAGCUGGCGACCCAAGAGCUGUCUCUCCCACAGAUACUCCAGUGGGCAGCAGUGAGCUGUGGCUGCCUAGCAACCAUUCACCCUUCCGUCAGAAAAAGCAUCCUAUAUGUUUUGGAAUAUUAUCCCUUCCCCUACUCCUGGGCCAAAGAACUGAGCAGGUGCAGAAGUCUCUUAUCUGGCUGGCUAGCUCAAAGUCAGUUCAAGACUCAGGUCCAGACUGUUUGAUUUGAAGGGGGAAGUUUCCUUUUCUCUGUACUUGGUGAGUGUACGGAGGGUGGGAACCUGUGGUGCAGGGUGUGUCUUGGUAUCAGGCCAAAAGAGAAGAUUGCUUUUUUUUUUUUUUAAACAGGGUUUCUGUCCUGGACUUGCUUUGUAGACCAGGCUGGCCUCGAAUUCACAGAGAUUCGCCUGCCUUUGCCUUCCCAGUGCUGGGAUUACAGGCGAGCGCCACCAUGCCCAGCUAAGAGAAGAUUGCUAUGUAUAUCCCUUUGCCCCUGGAUUCAACUGUGCCUGAAGCACACAUCUGGAUUUAAUAGCUUCAAAGCCACCACAUCCCCCAUCCACUGUAAAAUGUUAAUUUCUUGACCUAGGCUGGCUCUGGACAGACUUUCAUUGUUUCUGACUUGUGCUCUUCAGUCAUAAAUGUGUCUGCCAACACUUUAACAGGUGCCACAUACGACGCUGGGUACAGACACCGGAGGGGCCAGCAGCUCUGCUCUCUGUAUCUUACGGGGGUUCUGCCCCAGAACGGGUGCACAGCUUUGUAUGGGAGCCAGUCCAUGUCCCUUCCCCCGUGUUCUCCCGAGUGAAGUGUGGGUGCAGGCGCUGACGCUCCAGGAGUUAGCUUACUCCUCCACGACAGCGACAGAGGCGUAGCUUGGCCUCGCGCGGCUUUUCCCGCGGUGACACCAGGUGAUGUUUACUAAGUAGUGUGCUGCGUGUGUUUACACACUUCACGUAGGUUACCUUCCACAACCCUCUGAGGCGGAUUUUGUCAUCUCCUUUUUACAAAUAAAAGUCUGAAAAUCA